AUGUGGAGAGUUGAACAAAGCUCAAAUGAACCAAGUCCAAGAUGUGCACAUCAAUCAGAGUCAAUUGGUGAUCAUCUAUAUGUUUUUGGGGGAUGGAAUGAUGAUAAUCAAAUGUUAAAUGAUAUUUUCAAAUUCAAUGUAAAUACUUGGGAAUGGGAAGAAAUCAAAGUAAUUGACAAUAGUUUUAUAACGCCAAGGAAUGGUCAUUCUUUAAAUUCAUAUAAUAGGAAACUUAUAGUAUUUGGUGGUGGUUCAUUUUCAGGUUUUCUAAAUGAUAUAAAUAUUUUUGACCCAAUAAAAUUACAAUGGACUUUAGUAAAUACAACAGGUGAUAUCCCAUCAGGAAGAUCAAAACAUUCAUCAACAUUAAUAUUUAAUAAACUGUAUAUAUUUGGUGGAGGCGAUGGUAUUAGAUUAUAUAAUGAUAUGUUUUGUCUAGAUUUAGAAACAUUUGAAUGGAAGAAAAUAAUAUAUAACAAUAGCAGUGGUGAGGCAAUACAACCGCCAUCAGCAAGAUGGGGUCACACAAUGGUAUCAUUAGGCGAUAAUAAACAUAUGGUAUUGUUUGCAGGUCACGCAGGUACAAAAAGAAUCAAUGACUUGUAUCUAUUCAAUAUUGAAAGUAAUGAAUGGUUAACUGUAAAUUUUGACAAAGAUAGUGAUGCCACUCCAUUGCCCAGAGCAGGGCACUCAACAUUAAUGGUCGAUCAUCACAUGGUUAUUUUUGGUGGUGGCGAUGGCCAUAUCAUUAACGAUCUCUAUGGUUUAGAUACUAAAUGUUGGAGAUGGUGGAAAAUUAAAAUCAAUAAUACUCCAGAUGCAAGAUGUGCACACUCUGCAACAAUUAUAAAAAAUAAACUCUUAAUUUUUGGUGGUGGAAAUGGUAUACAAUGUUUUAAAAAACUUUUAAUUUUAGAAAAUUUAGAUCAGUUAGAUAAUAUUUAUCAAAAUAGAAAUCAAGAACCUAUAAUUAAUAAUAGUAAUAAUAAUAAUAAUAAUAAUAACAAUAAUAUAAACCAACCAACAUUAUCAUCAUCUCCUCCGCAACCAAGUGUAAAUAAUAUUUUAAAAAUAAAUAAAAACUUUGAUCAUAUAAAAAAAUCAAUUUCUCAAAUAUCAGCAAAUAUUGAAUUUAAAUCAAAAAAUAUAGAAAAUAACAAUCAUACAGUUUUACCACAAUUUCCAUCAUUUAAAGAACAUAAUAGUAGCAAUAGUAAUAUUAAUAAUAAAAUUAAUAAAAGUAAUAAAAUAUCUAUUAAUAAUGAAAUAAGGAAAGAUUUAAAGAAUAGUUGUUUAACAGAAUACCAGAGAAGAGAAGAAGAAAUCGAUACGACAGUUUUUCAUUUACUCACAGAGGAUCAUUUAAAAGAAAUUGGUAUUAAAUCAUUAGGCGAAAGAUUAUUAAUAAUUAAAGGUAUUAAAGAAUCAACACUUUAUAUAUUAAAAGGUUUACCGCCAAUUUCUACCGAUUUAGACCCCGGUAAAACACCAAAGUUUGUGGAUGAAAUUUAA